GCUCACACUCCCCCCUUUGCAAGCGCGGUGAAGUAUGGUCGAACGAGGAGGGGGAGGAGGAGGCCCACGCAGAGGCGGGGCUGAAGGAGAGGCCACGCCUCCUGUUCAGUGACGCGCAGUGGCCGUGCGCACGUGGAGGACGAGGAGGAGGAGGAGGGAGCUGCUCAGUCUCGCCGGGACGCGGGGACUUGGAGCAGCGAGGCGCAGGGGCAGCUUCACCGCGGGACGCCUCGUGACCAACAGCAGCGCGCAGGGCAAGCCCGGGCCGUCGCCAACUCGCACGAAGUCGCUCGUGCGCUUCAGCGCUCGCAAGUCAACGGAGGGGCGGAGCGCAGAAUUUCUGCGUUUCUGCCGUUGUUUGGUUGGUUGUUGUUGUUGAGAACUAGCAACAUGAGUUCGCGUUUCGUGGCGAUUGAUUGAGAAGGGCAAGACGCCGCGGAGAAGAUUGGUUCGGAGGAAGAACAUUUCACGAACAAGUUUCUUCAAGUACGACAUCUUUUUUUUUUUGGGAGAAAUGAAAUUGCCGAGGCUGACGCCGGGACGCUUCCAGGCUGUGGCGUGGAUGGCGAGCCUCCUCUGUCAAGGCGCGUGGGCCAUCUACUUUCCGCAGAAGACGUACCACGAGACCAUCCCCUUUGGAUUCGCGCCCAACGUCAGCUUCCUGCGCCUCUACGCGGUGCUGCAGGCCGGCGAGACGGGCGUUCAAUUCGAGCUCGGCAAGCUGUCGCUGGUGAUGCACCACGCGUUCCUGCCCUGGCAGAACCACCUGUUUGACGUGGACGCCGCGACAGGAGACGUGUCCCUCAAGCUCCCGCUCGAGGGCCAGGGGCAGCGGCUCAAGCUGGAUCCCAACGCACCGUUUGCCUUCAGGCUGCACGUCAACGCCACGACCAGCCGGCGCAACUCGUCCCGGGCGCAGUGCGGGGCCGGCGGGGGGGCUGCCUCCCAGCGCGCCACCGCGCAGGCCACGGUGCUGCUCAGGGUGACGGCGCCGCCGUUCAACUGCUCGCUCCUCACGCCGCAGGAGCUCUGCUUCAGGGAGGCGGCGCCCUCCCCGCUGCAGCCGGGCCCGGCGGCCGUGUCCAUGCACCUGCAGGAGAACGCGGCGGCCGGGACGCCGCUCGUGCUGCUGGCGCCGCUGCCCGUGCGCCUCGCCUGCCCCCACGUCAACGUCACCUACGCCCUCGCGCAAGGCUCGCUGGCGUCUCCGUUCCACGUGGACGCCGCGAGCGCCGUGCUGCGCGUGCUGGAGUCGCUGGACCGCGAGCGCGUCGACCGCUACCGCCUGCACGUGGAGUGCACCGUCGUCGGCGGGGACGGCGGCGGCGGGGACGAGGUGGCGGCGGCGCGCGCCGUGCUGCCGCUCGCCGUGUUCGUGGACGACGAAGACGACAGCGCUCCCUUCCUGGAGAACGGCACCGACACCAAGGAAGUGGUCAUCACGUACAACCGCAGGAAGGACGACUUGGUGAGCGAGAUCUUGGUGCACGAUUUGGACUCGGGCGGGUGGUCGAUGAGAUACAAGCUCAGCAGCACCGGCCCCAACUCGGAGUCGCUCUUCUUGAUUCGGGACAACAGCAGGGACACCGCGUACCCGGUGGACAACCGCACGGUCACCGGCACCACCUACGUGUUCGGUUUGGUUCUCAAGAAGAACUUGCCGAUCAAGUUCCAGGGCGAGUUCCAGGCGGAGCUCAGAGCCACGGACGUGCAGUUCCAGUGUGGGCGGACGGACGUGCUGGCACGCGUGCGCAUCCGCGUGCUGCCCGUGCCGCUCGCCUUCCCGGCGCCGCUGCUCACCGUGCACGUCGAACGCCGGGCCGCUCGGCUCGCUCAGGUGUGGAAGGCGUGCGUCCUCAACUGCUCCGCGCUGCACACCGCCACCGUCUCCUACACCAUCGCUCCCGCCGACUCCGAGCCGCCGCCGCCGCCGAGCGUCCAUCAGCCGCCCCCCCGCGGCAUCUCCCCCAACGGCUCCGAGGAGGAGGCCGCAGCUGUCGGCGCGGCGACGCCGGCGGCGGCGACGGCGGCGGUGGCGAGCGGCGCGAGGGAGCGAGCUCCGUCGGCGUGCGCCCACGCGCUGGCGAUGACGCGGCCCGGCGGGUGGCUCUACGUCAACGACACGGCGCUGCUGUGCGACCGCGUUCGCUGCCCCGAGCUGCGCUUCACGCUGACCGCGCACGACGCCGUCACCGGACUGCAGGCCAGCACCACUCUGCACGUCGUGUUCAGAGGGGAGUCGUGCGUGCCGUCGCCCGGCAAGUGCUCCAGCUCCUGCUCGGAGAACGACCGGCAGGAGGGGUGCGAGAGUUGCAGUGCUCUGGGCGCCGUCACAGGCCGCUGCCAGUGGAGGCGGGGACCCUCGUCAGGGAUAAAUAAGAAUUACUCCACGUGCUCUUCAAACCUGCUCACGUGCCCAGACGGAGUGUGCGACGAGAUGGAGAGGGACAAUGAAGACCUCUGCCCGCAAGACUGCGUUGAGUCUGGCAACGUAAUUGGCGGCCACGAGAUGGGGUACCCGCUCGGGAUCCGCGCCGGCCAUGGCACGUGCUACUGCUACGACAUCCUCAAGUGCAUCUGCGAGCUCCCUGACAUAGAAGAGCCCGGCUGCGACGAGGGCUGCCGGGCGGUCGUGGCCACGGCGGGCGUGUGCUCGGUCAUCAUCGCGCUCUCGCUGGCCGUCACCAUCCUGCGGCGCCGCAGGCAGAAGGGGCAGCUCAAGGGCAGCUCACUGCCCACGGCAGAGCUCACGUUCCGGCGGCAGCCGGUCACCUACUCGUCCAACAACAACCGCAUGCCGCCCUCGGAGUCGGCGGACAACCUCUCGUCGGUGGAAGCCUGCAAGAUCCUCGAGGAUCCCAAGUGGGAAUUCCCGCGCAAAAACCUGGCGCUGGGCAAGACGCUCGGCGAGGGCGAGUUUGGGAAGGUGGUGAAGGCCACGGCGUUCCGGCUCAAGGGGAAGGCCGGCUACACCACCGUGGCCGUCAAGAUGCUGAAAGAGUGCGCCUCGCACAGCGAACUGAGGGACCUCCUCUCGGAACUCAACCUCCUCAAGCAGGUCAACCACCCCAACAUCAUCCGCCUCCAUGGGGCCUGCACGCAGGACGGCCCCCUCUACCUCAUCGUGGAGUACGCCAAGUACGGCUCCCUGCGGAGCUUCCUGCGCGUGCGCCGCAAGGCGGAGUUCGCGGUGCCGGCCGGGUCUUCCAACCGCAACUCGCGGCUCCUGGACAACCCGGACGAGCGCGGCCUCACGCUCGGGGACCUCGUCUCCUUCGCCUGGCAGAUCUCCCGCGGCAUGACGUACCUCGCCGACAUGAAGCUGGUGCACAGAGACCUGGCCGCCCGGAACGUUCUGGUGGCCGAGGGUCGCAAGAUGAAGAUCUCCGACUUCGGCCUCUCGCGAGACGUCUACGAAGGAGACUCGUACGUCAAGCGCACCAAGGGCCGGAUUCCCGUGAAGUGGAUGGCUAUCGAGUCGCUGUUUGAGCACAUGUACACCUCCCAGAGCGACGUGUGGUCCUUCGGAAUUCUUCUGUGGGAGAUCAUGACGCUGGGAGGAACUCCGUACCCGGGCAUCCCCCCAGAGCGCCUCUUCAACCUCCUCAAGACCGGAUACCGCAUGGAAAAGCCCGAAAACUGCAGCGAUGACCUGUACGGGCUGAUGCAGCGUUGCUGGACACAUGACCCUGCCAGGCGACCCCACUUUGCCGAGAUCAGCAAGGACUUGGAGAAGAUGAUGGUCAAAAGCAGGGACUACUUGGACCUCACGGCGCCGGCGGCGUCGGACGCGUCAAUUUACGAGGACGGCGGCUCCGACGAGGGCACGGGCGAGGAGGAGACGCCGCUGGUGACGUGCGACGACUCGGAGGCGGUCGCGGCCAUGCGAGGCCUGCCCGCCACGUGGAUCGAGAACAAGCUCUAUGGCAUGAGUUGCCCAGAUUGGUCGGAGGAUCGUCCACCGCACGAGCCCGCGGCGCAAGACCACAAAGACGCCGGCAACGCGAAGUACACCAACGAAGAGCUGAGCGCAGUGCGCUACGCCAACUGGAUGGUCACACAGACGGCAACCUAGCAGUGUGUGUGCGAGUGUGUUUGAGCGCAUGCCAGCGCAACCUAUCCAAAGCUGAUGUCUGUUUUUGUCUUUAUUCUCCCGGACUGUUAAUAACGAGGGGAGCGCCAGGAUUUAUUUGUGUAUAGGUUUGGGAGACUAAACUGGUGAGGGGGAAAUGUUAAAAUUGCUGUAUCUAGAGGCCUUUAAUUUAUGUUUUGUAAAUUCCUGUCAUUGUCGUCGUUGUUUGCUGAAUAAAUUAAAAAUGCACCCUUUCGCCACCAAAGUGGAAUCGUGAUGUACAUAUUUAAAUAUUACAAUUGCCGUACUGUUAAUCUGCUAUGUAUUUCACUCCGCGUAUAGUCAUACAACAUAACGCAUUUUGUAUGUGUGCUGAACAUUAGGCCUAUGCUGAAGUGUUGUGUGCCAUUAAACUCCCAGUUGGUUAUUAUCCUGCUUUUAAACUGAUAACACAUCCAAUAGGCAUCAUGCCAUUACAUACUGUAGCUUGGUAACAAAUUCUAAUGGUAUUUAAAUACACUAGACGGCCUGCAUGAUAUGCAUACUGGGUAGGCAUCGGACAUUGAUAUUUGCCAUAAUAUUCCAAUGUAUUUGUGGCAAAUCAUUAAAUCAUAACUUGAA